UGGGUUUUAUAUACAGUCAGAAAGAAUUCAGAAAGUCAUUUCUUCAGUUUUUUAUUCAGUAAGAUAAUUAUUAGUAUAUCAAUAUCCAUAUACGAAGGGCAUUGUACUGUCCUCUAUUACCAUCUAUUGACAACUUCAGCAACUACAUUAAACAUUUCUGAUUGAAUUGAUCAAAUUUAGUUUGAAGUAAGGUUAUGUAUCAAUUUCUUUAAACAUUUAAUAAAAAAAUAAAAGUGAUUUAGAAAUGGAAAAUGAAUGUUCUCAUUCUUGUUCUUGGAAACUGUUUGGAAAUUGGAUUGAUAUCACCCCAAAAUUUCAAGAAGCAGUAAAAGAUUUAAAACUUGGUCAACUCCUUCAUGAUGAUCUAUUUGGACUUUUUGACGCAAUGACUGCAAUUGAGAUGAUGGAUCCAAAAAUGGAUGCUGGAAUGUUGUGCAAUAGAGGAAUUAGAAAAAUUGUAUCAUUUGAUCAAGCUGUACAGGAUAAUAUCUUAAAGCUAGAAGGAUUUAGUUAUAAGGAAAUAAUAGGUAUAAUAGAUAGCACCUUUGCUUGUUUGGUUUCAUGGUUGGAAGGUCAUUCAUUGGCUCAAACUGUUUUUAUUAACCUUUAUUUACACAAGCCUUAUAUGAUAGGAGACAGGACACUGAAAGCUUUUUGUUUGGCAAUGUAUAAAUUACUAGAGGUUAUCAAGGAUUUGGUUCAUAAUGGGAUGGUAUAUGAAGAGGAAGAUUUCCAACCCAUGCAAUAUGGUUAUCAUCUAAAUCCAGAUAUUUCUGAACAACGAAUGAUUGGCAUGCUUCGAGAAGUUGAAGAAGAUCUUCAUAGGAAAACUAGAAGUCAACCAAAUCAUGAAAUUCAUGCAGUUUUUGGAAGAAUUAAAUUUUUAAGAAUAUUUCUGCAAGUGCUAAUAUCUUGUUUUAGAAAGGAGGAUCAACCUCCAAUUUCAGAAUCUCAUAGAUUAUUGAACAGUUGUCUUGAUAUGCUAUAUAUAAUACAAAACACUGUAGGACUGGGAAUAAAAAGUGAAGAUCCUGAAAACGAAUAUAUACUGGGAUUUGAACCUUCUAUAAACCACCGACUGUUGCCUCCAACUUUUCCUAGAUAUACUAAAAUUAAAUCAAGACAUGAAGCUAUUACUUAUUUCAUUGAAAUGGCUGAGAGAUUUAAAAUAGUUAGUAAAAUUCAGCUGAUUACCUCAUUACAUCAGGCUUUGGAUUUCUUUAUUGAUUUCAGUAAAUCUAGCCCCUGUAUACUAUCAAGAUCUGCAUUGCAGCUGAUGUAUUCACGUUCUUUCCCCGCCAAUUUAAAAGACAUAUUACGGGAAUCUGUAAAGAGUUUCAUUUGUCCCCCAGCAUUAUUAUCAAAGACUCUAUUGAACAACCCAGAGGCAAAACAUUAUGUUGAUACAUUUUUGUCCCAUUGUUCAAGGCCAUUUAUAAAUUUUUUGCAACUGUGUGGACAUAAUAGGGCAAGGCAAAGAGAUAAAUUGGCACAUAUUUUGGAAGAAUUCACAUCCUUACAGGAUGAGGCCGAGAGGGUAGAUGCGUACUUACACAAUCUGUCAGUUAAUUCCUCUUUGUCUAGGCCACAUAUAGCAUGUUUUGGAACCUGGAUUUUGUAUCACACAUUAAGAAUAAUGAUUAUGUACCUGCUGGCUGGAUUUGAAUUGGAAUUAUAUAGCGUACACGAAUUUUAUUAUAUCUACUGGUAUUUGUACGAAUUUCUGUAUGGAUGGCUUAUAUCAGCCUUAUCAAGAGCAGAUAGCUUCCUAGUUGAAAACGAGCUUCUAAAUGAACUUCACAAAAAUAAAGGAACUUCUAAGAAGAAACCUAAAUAUAAAAAGAAAGCUAGACCAUAUAAUAAAGAUAUAAUUUACCUACAAGCGCUGCAGAACAUGUGUGGAGGCUACUACAAGGCCUUAAUGGGAUUUCGUCUAGAAGGAAAGUUGACGAUGCCACAUCCUCGAUUCGACAGUGAGCAAAUACGCUAUGAGCACAGGUUUGCUCCGUUCCAAAACCUUUUGACACCACCACCAGUUGUGUACUCGGAAUUUAGAGAAAUGACAUCAUUUGAGAGAUUCCAGCAACAACCUGUUGAUAGUGUUUUUUUGUAUAUAGCAGGUUGUAAACAUUUCCAUCAAGCUCGACAAUUAUUAGAAAGUAUAAUACCCGAUAACGAAAUUACAGAUUUACUAACAAUAUGUAAAACGAAUUUUAUUGUAUUAAAACUUUUAGCAGGGGGGCAUAAGAAAGAUUCUUUGAAACAACCAGAAUUUGAUUUUUCUAGAAGUAAAUAUUUUUCUAUAAUAAAAAUCAGUUAAAUUUUGCAAUUAACAGAAACGUUAAAGCAGAUAUAGAAGAUUCGUUAGUACACUAGAGAUCAUUGUUAAAGUAAAAAUACACUUUCUAACAAUCGUUGAGAUUUAUAAUGGGAUUUUAGUGAUAAUGGGCAUGUUAUUCAAAAAUUACAAAAUAUUGAAUGAGGAAAUUUUGUAUUAAAUGGUUUUUGUACAUAAUAUUUUUUUUUCACCAGAAUUUUCAAUUAUAUAGAAAGUAGGCAUUUAAUUUGUGUGUUAAAUGAAGCGUUCUGUUUAUUUUUAUAAUUUCAGGAUUCAUUUUACGCCAAUUGUCUUUAAUUAGUUCCAUAUAAAUAUUUUAUCGUUUUGGAGAUAUUUAUUUCAUUAUCUCUUCUAAUUAAAGAAUAGUUUUUCGCCAAAUUAUUGUUAAUAUGUAUAAAAAAACAUAAAACGUAUUUAUUGUACAUUAUACACAGCUCACUAUAUUUUCUUUCGCUUUAUUGUCGCACUUUUGAUUCUGUAUAAAAUAAUUUCUAAUACAACCCUUCUACACAAGUUUUAUUGCCAACAAUGUUUUUUUAACAUUCCUUUUUCUACUUUUUUGGUGAUUAAACCUAUGAAUCACCCGACACAGAAUCUUUCUGUAUAUGGGAUAUUGUUAACUCACUCUAUGCCGGUAGUUUUACUCAAGCAAUCGAACGCGACAGAAUUAUCCUAAAAAGUGGGUUGAUUAUUUUGAAAACACAACGUUUUUAAUGCGAAAAGUUAUAUCACCAUUACCAUGUACCAGUACAAUGAUUGGGUAUUGCUCUUCUAAGAUUUUUCUCAGGUGCUUUACUUUUAGUUUUCCUACCAAUACCUGUAUAUCUGGAACAUAAUUCAAUCAAACCUUGUUGGAUACAAUUUUUUUUCUUCUCAAAAUUUAAAUUUAUCAGACCACCUGCUACAUCCUGAAAACGAUUCAUAUCAAACAAAUAAGUUCGACAAUAAUCCAAAGACCAAAACUCAUUUCCAAAUCAUAUUAACCAAAUAUGCAGUGGCGUUUAGUUAAUAUACCAUUUGCUUAACUUCAUAGACAUUGUAACAAGUAACUAUUAGUAUUUCCAUAUAUCUAAAGCGAAAUGAAUUUUUCGUUACAUUCACAUUCGACCUCCAAAUACUUAGGUUGAUAAAUCAUCAAUUAUAAAAUAAUUAUGGCAUGCAGUACCAAUAAUUUGAUACAAUAAAUUGUAUAUUUGUAGUUAAUUUCGUCAUAUUGGCCUCAUUUCACCUCUUUACUGUUGAAUUAUCCUUAUAAUAUAUAAAUAAAUAACAGUAAUUGCACAUAUUACAUUGAAUUGACAUUCUCUGAAAAAUUUCUCCGAUACAUUGGCUGGGAUAUGAUGGAGCGUAGUAAUUACUCCAUUUCUUGUUAACUAUGUACAAAUCAUAUAAUUUAAAAAAUGUAUUAAUAUACAAAAUUGAUCUAAAUGUUUCGAACGUAUGAUACUUUUUAUAACUUGUUCUACAUCUUUCCACCAAAUGGGCAAAAAAAUUUUUUUCAAUUAUUAACCCAUUAGUGCCCACCGAUGCCUUAGCAGAAAAAAAAUAUUAAAUUAGGUUUUAUUUACCUAAAAAUGUCCUCCUCAAACUUGUACUUGUAAUAAAAUUAUUUUUUUUUGUUUAUGCUUUCGAAAAAAAAAACGUGUACCCAAAUGAGUACAAUGAGGUAAUAAGUAUUACCAAAAAUGUUAAACUUUAUAUUUAUGAUGUUAUAUGUCGAUUGUUAUAACACUGUAAAACAAGAACUAAGAAUGAGAUAUUUUGAAACACUCUCGUUCAAUGCACAGAGUCAUAUUACAUUUUUCACAUAUCCAUCUAGCCCUCAUAUGACACUGACGACAUCUGAGCUGGUUCUCAAUUUUUUAAGGGAAAUGCCCAAUCGGAUCAUCAAAAAUACUUCUUGGUAAUGAACCAGAAGGUCUAUUAGAUGCAGAUCUUCUUUGUAUAGCCUUAUUAUAGGAUUUGUAUGUAGUGACGAGUAAUACUUCUAACAUAUUGCAAAAUAUCUGUUUUGUCAUUAGGAUAGAUAAUUUUAUGUAAUUACCAGGCAUUUACAACAGUUACGUUUAUCAUGUGAGUAAAAAGAACCCACCACCAUUUUUUUACCGUGGAUGGCAAUUCUGUAAUUAUUGACUCCUUGGUCCAUCAGAUCAACACCGCCCAUGAGGUGGUUGUAGUUUUUAAAAAGUUGCGGUUGAGGCACUGAAAUUUUCUCCUUCCUUUUUGAAGACCAUCUCUUUACUUGUGCUAAAGGUUCGACUGAAUCAUAGUUUGUAGCCAUCGUUACUGCAUUAUUAUCAUUCCAUCUAACAAAUAGAAGUUGGUUUCUUUCGUCGUAUUGAAAAUCAAAGAAACCACGGUCUUCUCUUUUUUUUUAUUGUCUUGGUGGGUACAAGAGGUCAUUUCUUUGUACGAUUGUCACGUAAAGUUCCAGUAGCUCGUAUUCAAAUCUUUCUAAGUGCAUUUAAAAGAUCAUGGCUUGCAAAAUAAUUGUCGAAAAAUAGGACAUGAUCACUUGGGGCAUCAAUUAUUUUCGUAAAAUCAAGGACCACUCGUGAACCUAGUGGAAGCGAGGUUUUAAUUUUAGUUGGUGCUUGAACAGAUGACGCUGAUGACCAUAAUAUUUAACCAUUGCUUCGUCUAUAGACAAGAAUUUAUGAAAAAUUCCCCGUUGUUGAAACUUUGAGUUGAGAAUGUUCAUAAGUGGCCGAAUUUUGUACAUUUUGUCCUCAGUAUCCAGUGUUCUGUUAUCUGCUAAAUUUAAUUUUUUUUUUAUUUGUAUGCAUUUGUAAUAAAUGGAACUCCAACAACCUCAUCAAGAUUCCAAUAAAGGUGCUCACGAGGUAAUUUAUGGUACACAGAAAAGAGAAGAACGCCAACGAAAAUUUUUAACUCUUCUUUGGUUGUUACAAAAUUAUGAUUGUUCUUAGAUGCCGCAUAAAUGUUGGUUUGGUCGACAAUAUGUUGGACCACUUCGUCAUCAAAUAGUUUUUCGAAAAUCUGUACAGCAUUCAGCCCUCUUAGAUCUUGUCGAAGUUGUUCUAACCGAACUUCGGCUCCAUCUGUGCUAUCUAUCUCUAAUACUGUAGGUACUUGCGUCCAAUUAGGAUUCCCCUUUAGAAGAUGCCAUCUCUCUAACAGUGGCAUACUAUCCAAAUUUUCGGUUGCUAAUCAAUCAAUCGUCUUCAUCAAAUUCUUCCUCGUCACUUUGAUAAUCCACUUCUGGCGGAAUUAUAACGACAUCAACUUCCAAAUUAGCUUAUUUGCUUGUUCAACAGCAUCAAUUGCAGAAGCUAAGGUUUUGAAUCUUUUACCAUAAAAAGAGCUAGUUGCAAUUCCGUUGAUGUCCAUUGUAGAAUGUUGCUGGAAAAAUAGCCCAGUAUAGUCGUGUGCCCAGUGUACUCAAAUGAGUACACCGAGAUUUACAUCAGAAUAACAAAAAAACAUAAUAUUGUAGGACUUUUUACAUAUGACCAUAUUAUUGAUACAUAACCUUUAAAACAUUUUUAACACAUAUAUUCAGUCACACUUAUUUACAAUGUCGGUUGUAGUGUAUAAUAUCAACUCACCUCUAAUUACAUCAGCAAUACGUAGAAGCGCGGUAAAUAUAUUCACAGUCAAAUCUAAUUGAUUCAAAAUUAUUGAUAAUCACUGCCACAGUUCUAUUAAAAUAACACUAGUAAACAAUGUUUUUAUGUUACAUUUACGAAAUACGCCGUUGUGUGGCGCUGAAAUUGAGAUAAUUUAGGUGUACCCAUUCGAGUACACUGGGCGCUAAUGGGUUAAUUUAAUCGCAUAAUUCAUUGGGAGUGUAAGAGAGAGAAGGGGGUUAAGAUUAAACGGGAACAAAAUAGUAAAGGUUUAUGACUAUAUUUUUUUAAAUAUAACGUUGAGAAAUUAUGAUUGAAAACAAAAAAAAACUUAGCCCUAGACUCAGUUGAAGCGUUUUUGGUUAGGACAAAGUAGAUAUUUCGAAACGAUAUAUUUAUAUAGAACUCAUUUGAGAGAAAUAGUUUAAAUCUAUAGUGAGAUUCAAAAAGUUUAUAGUAUUGACAAACUUACUAUCAACAUAAAAUAACGUAAACAUGGCUUUAUUGGGAUUUCAUUUCGUAUAUCUCUGAAAUAUAUGGUUGUUUACGUUUUAAUUUAUAUUGCAAACUGUACUGAACACACUGUGUACCAAUGCAUACUCACAAUCACACUGUCUGACGCUCGUUUUGAUAAACAAGGUGUUGUCUUCUGAUACUGAAGGUAACUUGGUUAUUGAAACGCACAUCAGACAGUGUAUUUGUGAGUGUUGUUGUUGUGGUAGUGUAAACAGUGUGUUCAUUAUGAAUCAGAAUUGUAUUGAUUUAUUGAUUUAUCAUGUUUGUGAAUAUAAGUAUGCUUUAUAUGUGUGUUCUAGAUAAAUAUUUUUUGCAAAAAUAAUUUAUGACCUAUUUAUAAUAAUUUAAUGUAUGGACCAAAUUUUUUACCCUAUUAAUAAUAAUUUAAUAUUAAUUUAAUAAUUUCCUUCACUUUGAAAGGUAUUUUUUAAUUCAUUCAAAUUCAUCCAUCCAAGAAAAUGUUAAGACAAAGCUACAUUUCACAGGCUGUCUUAAAAUUGAUACCAGUUCUUCUAAACAUGAAUCGAAGGACUAAAACGAAUGAAAUUUCUGUAAAUAUGCAAACGUUAGUAAAAAUGAAGUCAGCUCACAAAAAAUUAUCUGCAUACUUUUAUGUAUAUUUUUAAAUAGCUAUUUUUUCAAUUAAAUAUGUUAGAAGUUCCAAGUAUGCAUCAUAUGCCAGUGCUGUAGCUAGAGACUAUGCAGUAAAAUUUUCAUAUCAAAGACAAGCUCAUCCAAAAGCUAAGGGAAGACUCGAACAGGAAUAAUUAAUAACCAUACUUUUUAUGAAUGGAAUAAUGUCACUAAAGGAUACGGUUAAUAAAUGUAAUAUUUAAAUUUCUCAAAUGACAAUCCAUUUUUGGAUCAAGUUAAAAUUGAGUUGUUGGUUCCAACAUAAUGUGAAUCCAGCAUAUCAUAGUAGGCAAUUGAGAACUUUACUCAAUCAAAAAUUUAGUAGAUCGUAUUAACGCUUCUGUGUUUACAAACGAGAACAUACUUCGAAGAUUCAAUGAUUAAUCGGCAAAAUAUUUGCAUUAAGGAAGGAGACUAUUUAUAUUCGGUUUAUAUUCAGAAAGGACGGGCGGCAGCUUUGAAACUGCCUGUAUAUUUUCUUAACGCACUAACUGAAUUAAAUAUGUAGAGUUGCAACUUUUAAAUGUCGGUACAUUAACAGCUUUAGCGAUGUCCAGAUUGUAUGUAUUAACCUUAUCUAAGUUUUUCAAACAUAUAGACAUUUAUUGUAUAUUUAAGCCAUUAUAUUAAUUUGGAAACAAUCUAGUCAAUUUUGUCAAAUAAGGCACUGUUACAAAUCAAAAUAGAAAAAAACAUUAUGCUAGAUUCAUAUUUCUGUAAAACGCCUUUUUUUUGUUAGUAAACAGUUUUGUUGGAA